AUGAAUGCCAAACUUUCCGACCCUAAACGCAUAAUGGGUGCCCAAGGAUCUCGACGCCGCCCGAGACGAAGUGAAGAUCCAGAACGAGAUGAUGAGGAAGACGAAAACAUGAUUGACUUCAGAAUAUUAGUGCACGAAAGCCAAGCUGGGUCUGUAAUCGGUCGAGGCGGUGAACGUAUUAAGGACCUUCGUGAUAAAUACAAAAUGCGUGUUAUCAAGGUGUACCAGAUGUUGGCUCCGUUGUCUACUGACCGAGUUGUACAGAUGGUUGCCGAUCCAGACAAUGUCGUCCAAUGUUUGAGAGCUGUGAUAGAAGCAGUAGAGUCUGCUCCUCCUCGUGGUCGCCGUGAGGAUUAUGACGCUGCCAACUUCAGUGAAGGUGAUGCUCUCAACUAUGGCGGUUGGUUGUCUCGAGAAGCUGCAGCAGCACUCGCCCAAGGGAUGCCUCUCCGUGGACCUGGGUGCAUGCCGCCGAUGGGUUAUAACAUGGGAGGUCCGUACAUGAUGGGUGGUGGAGACAUGGGGCCGAUGGGUGGCGGUAUGGGCCCUAUGGGAGGAGGGAUGGGACCAGGUGGAGGAAUGGGUCCUAUGGGCGGCGGACCGGUUCCUGGAGGUCGUGGUAGAGGACCUCGUUCCGGUGGCGGAAUGAUGAGUGGAAGUGCGCCUCUCGCUCAAGGCCAGAGAGGAAUGAUGGGCUCUUCAGGCCCAGCACCUGUCCCCCCUCCUGCCGGUCGUAACAACUCUAUGGGUCCUCCAGGUGGUUAUAGUAGUUCCGCAGACGGAGGCUACGGUGGUCAAGGUGGAUAUGACGGGUCAGGAGGAUUCGACAACGGAGUAUACGGAGGCAUUGACCAAACUGGACAGGGAGGAUUCAGCGGCCCUGGAUACGGUGGAUCAGGCAACAUGGCUUCUGGAGGUUACGGCGGUUCUGGGUAUGGUGGAAGCCAGCGUGGAUCUGCUGACAUGGCAGGUGGUCAAAGUGCUUCCCGCGGUGGCACCUAUGGUGGGUAUGGAAGUAUGGGAUCUGGAGAGCAUGUUGGAGGCAAAGCCAGCCAGUGGUAUGGCGGAUGGUCUUAAACACUUACUUGCAUUUAAUUUCAGUAAAAUAUACCUGUUAAUAAAUAACAAUC